GACUGGGCCGGAAGGCCAGGCCGAGGCCGCAAGGCGAAGACUCGAACGGACGCCUGAGCUAGAACGUCUCGGUCCCCACCCCGCCCGGCUCCGAGGUCCGGACGGUAGGCGGUGUGGACUGCGCAGGCGCCGUGGGGGCCGCAAGAUGGCGUCCAGGGCCAAGAGGCGAGCGCUGGCGAGCGUGGAGCGGGGACCCCAAGUCCACGGCGAGGACUCCGAGCAGGAUGAGGUGGAGGGCGAGGGCGAGGACGAGGACGAGCAGGACAGUGACGACGACGAGGAGGACGAGCUCGUGGACCAGGAAGUGAACGUUGACUUUGAAGCUUAUUCCAUCUCAGAUAACGACCAUGAUGGCAUUAAGAAACUGCUGCAGCAGCUUUUCCUGAAGGCUCCUGUGAACACUGCAGAACUCACAGAUCUCCUGAUUCAGCAGAAUCACGUUGGGAGUGUGAUUAAGCAAACAGACAUUUCCGAAGACAGCGGUGAUGAAGCGGAUGAGGAUGAGAUCUUUGGCUUCAUAAGCCUUUUAAAUUUAACCGAAAGAAAGGGUACUCCGUGUGCUGAACAAAUCAAAGAGUUGGUUCUGAGCUUCUGUGAGAAGAACUGUGCAAAGAGCAUGGUUGAACAGCUGGACCAACUUUUGAAUGAUACUGCCAAACCUGUGGGCUUUCUGCUCAGUGAAAGAUUCAUUAACGUCCCUCCGCAGAUUGCUCUGCCUAUGCACCAGCAGCUUCAGAAAGAACUAGCAGAGGCUCACAGGACGAAUAAGCCAUGUGGGAAGUGCUACUUCUACCUGAUGAUUAGUAAGACAUUUGUGGAAGCCGGAAAACCCAGUUCCCAAAAGAGGCAGAGCAGCCAAAAGCAGGAGGUGUUAAUGUUCGCAAAUGCAGAGGAAGAAUUUUUCUAUGAGAAGGCAGUCCUGAAGUUCAGCUACUCGGUGCAGGAGGAGAGCGACACUCGUUUGGGAGGCAGGUGGUCUUUCGAUGACGUGCCCAUGAAGCCCUUGCGAACUGUGAUGCUAAUUCCAGGUGACGAGAUGAAUGAGAUCAUGGAGAAACUGAAAGACCAUCUGUCUGUCUAGUUCAUUUCCCCUGGACAGUGAUGGGCUUGUUUAUGUACAUUUACCAGAAAACCCAGUGGAGAUUUACUGAGAAACUCACGACUUUAUUCAGAUUAAAGUCCUCUACAAAAAGUAGGGUUCUGUUCCAUGUGUCUGUGACACAUUUACAAAAUACUUUUCUUUUUAAAAUUUUGGUCAAAUAAUGAAGAGUUGAUUAAAAACUUCCAAUAAGAAAAACAUGUAGUAAUUUUUAGAACUUAAUAAAAACACCUAUUUUUGUCUUUU